AAAAAACAACAACAUGGAUAUGAGAGAGUACUGGAGAGCUGUGAUCAGUCAGUCCACGGUCAUUUGAUCUGCUGGAGCCUAGAGGACGAACCGACGCGGAUUUGAACCUCACCUGAUCUAUAUGAGCCCGUCAGGUAAACGCUGAACUGAGCCCGAUUCAAAGUUUGGAUACUUUUCAGUGCAGUGCUAUAAUUGCUGACCAAAAUAAGUGUUCACAUUACCACCACCUCCUCCGACCCCCUUGUUCUCCAGCACCAUGAGUGGUCAACCACGGAGGAUUCGACUGAAGCCAUGGCUGCUGGCACAGAUUAACAGUGGGAAAUACCCAGGACUGCACUGGCUCAAUCAAGAGCGCAGACUGUUCCGGAUCCCAUGGAGACACGCCACCCGUCAUAUGCCUACCCUGGAAGAGGAGAACACUAUUUUUAAGGCUUGGGCUCUGGAAACAGGCAAGUACCAGGAAGGAGUAGAUGAGCCAGAUCCAGCAAAAUGGAAGGCUAACCUCCGCUGUGCACUUAACAAAAGCCGAGAGUUCGGACUCCACUAUGAUGGCACUAAGGACACCCCCGUCCAGCCUUAUAAGAUCUAUGAGGUGUGCGACCAGUCAGUCAAUGGAGAUGCUGGAGAGGAUGAGGAAGAGGAGCUGCAAAACUUUGUAAAACUCUCCAUUGACCCUUCAAGCUACUCAGCAUAUCCUCCUAGAGUUGACGUUCCGUUCACAUCUUCUAUUGGCGAUGGCUAUAAUACUGCCCACCACAACCCUCAAAUGAACCUUUUAGGAGAAAUUAUCCAUAAUAACCCCAACGGAGGUGCUCCUAUGACCACUCAUCUUGCCCAGCCCGGCACAGGACCUCCUGAAUUUUCCAGUCACAGUGCAAUUAAAAUUGAGCAGGGAUCAUAUCCCAUUCAUGGUGGAGGACUCUCGAAUGGUAUGGAAAUGGGGUCUGGAGUUAUUCCGCCUCCUGCUCUUCAGGAUGUAGUCUCUCAUUCUGUUGGCCCUCCAACCAUAGUGGACACCCCAAUGCAAGAGGUGCCAUCUCAAGCGGAGAACCAGGUUCAUCCCUGCAUCUCAGAGCUGCUGAGCAGUCCACACAUGUUGCCCUUAACUGAUCUGGACAUCAAGUUCCAGUACAGGGGUCGGACAGCUGGUUCUUUGACCGUCAGUAACCCUCAGGGUUGUAGACUUUACUACGGUAACCUGGCACCCACACCAGAGCAGGUGGAGCUGUUCGGUCCAGUCACUCUUCAGCAGGUACUGUUUCCAGGAUCCGCUGAGAUCCCGAACGAAAAGCAGAGGUUCUACACCGAUCAUCUGCUGGAUGUGAUGGACCGAGGGCUGAUUUUGGAGAUCAGGGGACAAGAUAUCUAUGCCAUCAGGUUGUGCCAGUGUAAAGUGUUCUGGUCUGGGCCAGGUGUGCCUGAGCAGGGGCCGCCCAAUCCAAUGGAAAGAGAGAUGAAGAUAAGGGUCUUCAGUCUGAACAACUUCCUUCAAUGUCUCAUUUCUUAUCAGAAAGGGGAGGCACCAACUCCACCACCCUUUGAGAUCUACUUCUGCUUCGGUGAGGACUGGCCAGACAGAAAGCCCAAGGAGAAAAAGCUCAUCAUUGUCCAGGUUGUUCCAGUUGUUGCAAGAAUCCUUACCGAGAUGUUUUCAGGCGAGCUUUCGUGGUCUACAGACAGUAUUCGGUUGCAGAUCUCCAACCCCGACUUGAAAGACCAGACGGUGGAGCAGUUCAAAGAGCUCCAUAGACUGUUGCAGAGUCAAAACACACACCCCACCUGGACUCAGAACAUCCACUAACUGAAAGAGGAACCCAUGUUUCCAUUACCUUCACCAUCUUGUUCAUUGCCUGCUGAAAAUUGGAGGUCCUUUCAGCACUGGAGUAUAUAGGUGCCCUCACCAUUGGACCAGACCUCGACAUUUUUUUCCCCAUAUUUUUUGUUUUGUUCUUUUCUAUGUCUUGGUUAACUUGUCUUUUAAAAUGUUAGAUUUCAAUAAAUACCAUUGCAGUA